AUGAAUUACGACUAUAAUAAUGAUGCCGAACGAAUUUACAAUGCUUGCAAAGGACUCGGCACUAGAGAGGAGGACAUAAUUCAGGUUAUUGGCAAGCGGAAAUUGGCUGAAAGACAUCAAAUUCGAUUGGCUUACUUUUCUAAGUACAACAAGGAUCUCUUGGAUGUACUGGACAGUGAAUUGAGUGGAGAUUUUGGAGAACUGGCACGCAAUCUCUUCCUUGGUCCAAUUCAAGUUUUGGCGUUUGAAUUGUACAAAAUUUUCAAGAAGACCGGCUCAGCUGGUGGCGAUGUUAAUGACAUUAUUUGCUGCCUCAGUCCAACUGAAAUCACAGCACUCAAAUCCGCCUAUCUUGAAGUCCUGCAAUACGAAGAUGUGAAAGACAAAACGCGUAGCCUGGAGAAGGACAUUGAAAAGGAGACUAAGGGCGGUCACCGUGACUUCUUGCUCAAAUUCAUCAGCACCCACCGGCCCGAGUAUUCCGCCGAGCAGAUCAAAUCCGCCGCUGCUACCGGACACUGGGAGGAUCUUAUCGACAUGCAACAGGUUGAACGCAGUGCAGCUGCCAUCCAUGCCGCUGGUGAAGGGAAAGCUGGUAAAGGGAAUGAAACUGAAGUGACGCGAAUCCUUUGCACCGCAAGCGUUCUGGAUAUACGCGCCAUCUAUGAUCACUUCAAAGAUGUGUACAAUGUUUCGUUAGUGGAUUUCAUUACAAAGGCCUUCAAGAAUCCACUUCGAGAUGCUUACAACAAUGUCAUCAUGUCAGCAGUGGAUCUCCGUCUCUUGUUGGUGGCUCAACUCUACAAUUCCAUGCAUGGCCUGGGAACCGAUGAGCGAACCUUGUCCAGAAUCAUCGCUAUCCGCUCUGAGAUUGACCUCCCAACUCUAAAGGUACUCUACCAACAGAAGAUCGGGCGUUCAUUGGCUGAGAUGGUAAAGAGCGACACAUCCAGCGACUACCGAUCGCUCCUAAUGACCCUUUUGGGAGAGAAGUAG